UUCACACAUGGUUGUGGCCUCCGAGUUACCUGGGAUGAAGUCAACUGGCUGCUGAGUGGAUGUGAUGCUGAAAUCUGUUCAAUGAGCAAACGCAGGUGUUAAGCGCGACUAGGCGAACAAAACGUCCUUUGUUUUUUGCGCCAUCCCCCGGGGAAGUUAAAGCUUAAAAGUGUUCUUUCCGCCAUACGUACUCGGCUGGGAUGGCUGUUGAUUCCACAAUGAGGUCUGAAGUGGAGGAGUUGCAGAGGAAAGCCAAUCAGGUGACAGAUGAGUCUCUAGAGAUCACCAGAAACAUGAAGCUUCUGUUAGAGGAGAGUAAAGAUGCAGGAAUCAGGACAUUGGUUAUGCUGGAUGAGCAGGGAGAACAACUGGACCGCAUAGAAGAUGGCUUGGAUCAGAUCAACAAGGACAUGAAGGAGGCUGAGAAAAAUCUCACUGACAUGGCCAGGUGCUGCGGUCUGUGCAUCUGGCCAUGUACAAAGCUGAAGGACUUUGAAGCAAGCGGGGCCUAUAAGAAAGUGUGGGGUAAUAAUCAGGAUGGGGUGGUGUCUAGCCAGCCCUCAUCCCGUGUGGUGGAUGAGAGGGAGAAGAUGACCAUGAGUGGUGGAUACAUUAGAAGAAUAACGAACGAUGCAAGAGAGGAUGAAAUGGAGGACAACUUGGCCCAGGUAGGCAGUAUCCUUGGCAACCUCAGAAGCAUGGCAAUUGACAUGGGCAAUGAAAUCGACACUCAGAAUGUCCAGAUAGAACGCAUACAGAGCAAGGCUGUGGUUAAUGAAUCCCGGAUCAAUGAGGCCAAUCAGAGGGCCACAAAGCUAAUAUCAAGAUAAACACACAAUGCUAGAGAUGACAGAAUUUGUUAUACAUGUUUACAGUCUUGUGUAGGAAACAUUUAGGCUAUUCAUCCAUAACUAUUUAUGGAACUUGAAUUUUUGUAUUUUAGUAUGACAGCAUAAUGGGAUGAAUGUACUGUCACUAGCCUGCCUGUCAUGUGAUUUAUUUACACUUAAGCAUGUUUUUGUACAUAAACAAAUAUUUUAGACUUCUUGGUCUUUUUAAGCCUGCAGAACAUGUCAUCGUGGAUAAAUGCCCACUUUCACUCAACAAAACUGUGUCUUAAUGGUAUAGCCUACCUGGUACUCUGUCUACAAUAACCUUAUAAAGUAGUAAAUAAAUGUAUUACAUGUUACAAGGACUCUUCUCUUUCUGCUAUAUAGACCUAUUGCAUUGUUUAUGAUCAUAUUUAAAAACUAUGAACUUAUUAAAAUAUCAUACCUUAAAUAUACCACUUAUUUUUAAUGCCAUUUUUGUGAACAGUAUUUUCUUACGAUCGGAGCUAGAUUUCAUUUUAGGCUCAUUUCUACAGGAGUCUCACUACGUCCACCUACAGGUUAAAAUUUCUAUUGCAACACCACUCCCCUGCUUUAUCAGAGAGAGAAGCUCAAAAUGGUGGCGAGUGUUUGCGUGGCCGCUUUAUUUGUGAGCUGUAUAAACGCUGACCUUGUUUGACAGACACUCAAACGUCAGGUUUCGAUUUUGCUGACGCCCAAACGUCUUCCUUAGAUAUCAAUAUCAAACUCAAUGAGAUUCAGUAAAGCAACCUGAGAUAAAGGAAAGAUUUAUGUAACAAGUAAAUUUUAUAUUCGGUUUAAUUGUAUAAAGGCCUGAAUAAAUUUAAGAAAUUAAUUAAGUGCAUGUGGAAAAUAAUACUGGCUCCUCAUUUAGAGUCAAACUGCUAACAUCUAUAUGCCUUUUGGCUUCCACUUCAUAUAUAGUUAACAAAAAUAUCUUAUACGAUUACUACAAUUUUGCACAAAUACAAACACCUAUUGGAUUACGUCUAGGUAGACGUUAAAUGUUACCCUACGCCCAUAUGCAGUCUGCAUACUGGUUUGC